CGCUCUUUCAGUGUGAUUAAUGUGAUAUUCAGUCAAUGGUGAUGGUGGGAGGAGCCAGUAAAGCUGCUCAUUACUGAUGAAGAGCUGAAUAAAGAGGAAGUAACUAAAGCAGACAGAUGUAGAGACAGAGAGAUUCACACAGAGAUCAUUCAGCAUAAAGAAGACUGAACUCAACUCACAAUGAAGAUCCUCCUCAUCUUCUUCACUUUCUACCUGAUCUCAGGUGCAGUGAGAUGCUUCAGUGUCACUGGAUAUUCUGGAGGAAGUGUUCUUGUUGAUUCUGGGAAACUCGGUUCAGUGACUCUGCUAAAUAUAUGGUUAAACAUGACCCAUGGAGAACCAUUAUAAAUUAUAAGAAACACAGUGAAUGGACUAGUGAAGGAAGAUUUAAUCUUUUUCGCAACAAACAUGGGAAACUCAUGAUAUUCAUCAGAGAACUGAACACACAGGAUGCUGGAAAAUACAGAAUUAGGGUUCUUGACAAGUGGUAUAUAGAUAUAACUUUAAAUGUGAAAAAAGAUUCAUGCUGUGUGGAGUCGAAGAAAGUGGUUGUAAAGAGCAGAGAAACUGCUGCUUUCAGCUGUGAAUAUUCACAAAAUUACAUUUAUGAUGCAAAAGUCGUAUUGAAAGAACAACACAACUCCAUUGACACAUGUAAUGAGGAAGCAAGAUUCAGUAUUUCUGAUGACAGACAUAAUAACUUCUUCAUUGUGAGAAUUUCUGCUGUGACACCAGAUGAUGGAGGAGUUUAUUUAUGUGGAGUUUGGAUCAACAGACAAUCAUACUCUAUAAGAACUACUGUUCAUCUGCACAUUAUGGCUAAAGUGGGCGUGUCUAGAGUGAGCGGCUACUCAGGAGGUGGUUUGAUGAUCAAGUGUGAACAUCCUCAAUACAAAACCAAACCAAAAUACAUCUGUAAAGAAUCAGAUGGAUGUUCAGAGAGGAAGAAUCCAGGAGUUCAGGAUGAAUGGAUGGAGAAUGGAGAUGUUUCUUUAUAUGACGACACCAGAGCAGGAGUCUUGAUGGUGUUUUUUAGAGAACUGAAAGCUGCCAGAUGCUGGAACAUACAGGUGUGGAGUGAAUGUAUCUCACUAUACUGAGAGAUUCACUGAACUUCAGCUGAACGUCAAACACGAUGCAAAAUAUCCAAAGAGUGUGACUGAAUCUGCUCAUCUUGGUGAAGAAAUCAACAUCACCUGUCAGAUCCCAGAGGAACAUGAAGUUCAUUUCUGCAAAGAGGAUGAUAAUCACAUCUGUCAAAACAUCAGCUCAUCUAAAGUGACACAAAUGAAUGGUUCAUCUGAGAGAAAUGAAGAGAGAGUUUUUACAGUGAUCAUCAGUAAUGUGAGUGUGAGAGAUGCUGGAGUUUACUGGUGUGGAGCAGAAACCAGAGACACAUAUUUGACUUUCAUCUCCCUGAACACUAAAAUUCAGCUCAACAUCAUCAUGCCUCCAGUAGUGAGACAUGAAGGAGAAUCUGCUGAGAUCAUCUGCCCUUAUGAUUCAAUCUAUAAAUCAAAGUCAAAGUCUCUCUGUAAGGGGAAGUGCUCCACUAGAGACAGAAAUACUCUCAAUGAGACUGUGAGAGAAGAGAAAGAGACCAAGACUGACAGAUUGACUCUGAAUGAUGACGUCACUGCAAGUGUCUUCACUGGGACCAUCACUGGACUGACAGCAGAGGAUGCUGGGAAAUACUGGUGUGCAGUGACAUUAGAAAGAGACCUCAAUUAUCUUUACACUCAUCUGAUCGUCAUCAUGAACGAGGAGCUGAACUUGACUAAGUAUGAAGGAGACGACGUGUCAAUCCAGUGCAAACGUCAGGAUGAAGAUCAGAAAAGCUUCUGCAAAGCACAUGAAGCCUCCAUGUGUGUGAAGGAUGGAGUUUCAUUGGAGACGAUCAGAGAUGAUCGAUUCUCUUUCAGUGAUGAAGCAUCUACUGGAGUCUUUACUGUGAACAUCACUGAUCUGAGAGAAGAGGAUUCUGGGAUAUACUGGUGUGGAGCUCACAUCAUCAGGAAAGUGCAUUUAAAUGUCAAAAGGGAUUUCUCCAUGAUCAUCAUUAUCAGUGUGUGUGUGAUUCUGCUGCUGAUGGGUGGAUUCACUCUGACUGUGUGGAAAUUAAGACACAAGAGACGAGAUCCUGGAUCAGCCCAAAUAAACAACAGUGGUGAUCUACCCACAAUCCCCUCUGAUGGGCUCCUGUACACUGCUGUCAGUUUCCAGAAGCAUGAAGAGUCUCUCAGUGACGCUACAGUCAGAUUCAGUAAGAAUGAGAUUUACUCUGAAAUCAGUCACCGCAUGAGACUCAACUAA